GACUGACUGAUUGUUCGACAAUUUGACGCAGCUUUCGUCGACAAGAAUUAUUUAGGCACCAAAGCAUUCAUAAUUUAAUAGUGAUAGUCAUGUAUUAGCUAACUGCUAUAUCAUAUUUAUAAUAAAAAUCUUCGAUUGAUAAGGUUCAGCUUAAAAUAGGUGAUUGUAUAGAAUAUUUGUGCAGGAUACAAGAGUGAAUAUGACUGAAGAAAUGGACGGAGAAAACUUAUUAUACACAGACCAGGGACCUUCUUACCGCACAGACAGGAACAACUUUAAACUUUUAUCGGGCGCAUUUUAUGUAUUUGCACUUGCUGUGACCUUGUUGUUGGGUUAUAUUGUCUUGGAUCAUAAUUCAGAGAAAAGCAGUAUAGAAGAUAAUAUUGCUCGAUUAAAAGCUCAGUUGGAUGAUUUGAAAAAUCAAUAUCAAGCGAUGGAACCUUACCAACAGAAAGAUGAACACAAAGUAAAUUUGAUGGUCGGGAAAAUUGCCAGUCACAAAAAAAUGUGUCAUCGUACACUGUCCGCGAUAACGCAAAUGAGACAAGUUAUUAUCAAUGAAAAUUUGAACGAAACACAGUACUUGAAUCUAUGGAGUGAAAUACCGAGAGGAUUCAUACAUCUUGAAUCAGACAAGCUAUCUAUAGACCCCAGCCAAACGCAAGAAAAUGUAGAUAAUAUGAAAACGGUGACCGGAUGGGAAAUGAAGUAUGGGGGAGAGUGUAAAGAUGUGGAUCCCAAACUACAAGAGAACGACAUUGUGAUACCAAUGGAUGCAUAUUACGUUGUUUACAGUCAAGUAUCAUUACAUUGUGGAAACAAAGUGGAAAUUAAAGUACCACAAAUACAAAGACACGCUGUACAAUAUGUUGAAGUUCUUGCUCGAAGUAGAGAUUCACCAAAAAUUUUGAUGGAAAACAACUACCAGCUAUGUGACAAAAGUAAAUUUAGCCAAAAAUCGCACGUAUCAUAUCAAAAAGGAAUCUACCGGUUCACAUCUGGAGAUCUGUUACGAGUUACUGUUACCAAGCCCGACGGUACUUCAAUUACCAACAAAGACGGACAUCAGUCUACUUUUGGUGUAUAUAUGUUGUAAUUAUUUUCACUCAUGAACUCAUGAAGUUUUAGAAUUUUGUGGUGAGUCAAUCUCCAAAAUUCACCUGAAAUAAAAGCAUGUACAGCAGUUGAAAUAACAUUGAGGUUGUCGUACAAAUUCUAUACAAAUCUUCCACAGUUGUUAUUACAGAACAAUAUGCAAUAUAAUAAACUCAUAUGCCUUUUUAUAUAUGCUUUGAUGCUACAGAACCGACAAUAUCAAUAAAUUAGUUGGCAUAAUGUAGUUUCCUGAAAUGUUUAUCAAAGUGCAUCAGUUCUAUAUCGCGAUGUGCUUGAACAGAGUCAUAUCUUCAAUUUACCUAGAAGGUACAGAUCCGGAUAUACGAAACGGCGCUACAACUAUGCUGUCGAAAUGCACCCACUGCGCCGAUUUGAUUUCUUGUAUAAUAGAGACGAAGAAAAAUUAUGAGUUGCUGCGGGCAGUAACCUUCUGGUAAUAUAACAUAUAUGCAUGUGGUAUGCUAUCUUUACAUCGAGCGCUUCCGCGUGGGCAAUGUCCUUAUAGCAUUUGGACUGGUUGAACAAUGGAGGAGCGCAGUAGACUAUUUUUCAAGCAAUGAAUUUAUAAUUCUCGUUAUGGUGCUUGACGCAGAGAAAAUCAUAGUAUUACUUAUCGUUUUGCAACAACUGAAAUUGAGUGAAACAGGUAUUCUGAAACAUGCGACAUGCAGCAGUACUGAUUUUGUUUGCAAAGACUUGAAAUUGGAAAGAACGUGGACACAAGGAGGAUAUCAUACUCUCUGCUAUGGAAAGAAUAGACUACCGAAAAUAUAUCAUCAACAGGUAUUCAUAGUCAGGAACGUGUAUCGCUGCAACGAUAACAAUCGACAUGAAAAUGCCAGAAAAAUUAUAAACUUGUAUUCUGAUGUUAAUGGUAAACUUUGUCAUCUGAUCAAAGGCGAUAAACGUUGCCCUAGUAUCACAAACAUGACAAGUACUGCAUCCAUGUAUGUAAAAGUUAAUCUCAAUUGCGGUAACUAUAAAUGCUGGCUUCAAUACCACCGAUGUGAUGUGUGCUCACUGCUACCAUGGUAUAGCUUGUUUCCAAAAACAACGGAGAAAUCAAAAGGAUUUCAAUGUAAAAAGCAAUUACAACUGAAAACAGCGAGAGCAACGGCAAGAGUAAAUUGUUACAAAUGCGAUGGAAGUAUUGUCAACAAUAAAUUCUGUCGCCAGGGAAACGAGUCAACAUUAUCAUCAUAUUAUGUAGACAUUGCUGGUUCCAAACCAAGCUGGAGUGAGUGGAUUAAAGUUUCUGGAUGUAAAACCAAAUCGAGCAUCGUACCACCUUGUGGAAACGGAACAUUGGCAGGU